ACUUGAAUAAAUAAGGGAUUUGCGAUCAAACAAGUUAAUUAACAACAUAGAAAUGGCUGAGGAAAGUAAGGAUAUUAAGAAGCUUAUAAAGCUACAGAAACAGAGACCAGCUUUCUCACGGAUGAUUUCAUGGGAGAUAAGUCAAGCUGCAGAAUACCAGCCUGUCAAAAAAGGCAAACGGAAGAAGAAAAAAACCCUAGCUCCAGGCUCUGAAGAGCAUGUUAAGAAAGGAGAUGAUGGUAAUGCAAGUCCUGAUGAUAUUGAGGAAACUGUUGAUGACAGUAGUGAAUAUGAGACUGCCUGUGAAGAAGAGGGAGAGAUUGAGGUCAGAGGUCAGAGUGUAACAGAAUCUGAGGAUCAGUUAGAAAGUAUUGGUUCAGAUAUAUUAGAUUCCUACUUAGAUACUGAUUGUGAAAAUGAAGAGGAUGAAGAAGAUGAACUAUUUAUGUCUUGUAUUGGAAAUGAUACAACAGCUGUAAGGUCACCUGGAGAGCCUGAUCAAGGAAGAAGAAGACGUCCUUCAAAGAAACAGAAAAGAAAAAGGAGAGAUCAGGCUAAAGUAAUAUAUUUAGAUGAUCUUUUUAAUCUUGGAAACUUGUUUGAUGCUACUGAUGAAAUAAGCGAUGUUUUCACUGAAGUAUUAGCAGCAGGACCAGAUGUUGAGAUCCAGCAUAGAGUUCCAACACUUGUUGAAUUGUGUCUUAAAACAAAUAGGAGAAAGCAUAGAUAUAAUUCUGAAAAGGGCAAGAAAAGAACCAAUACACUAGAAAAAGAGGCCACUAUAUUACCAUACGGAAUGAAGAAACUUAUAUCGCAGUGGGGAUGGAGCCAGAAACAAUUGGAAAAUCAGUUAUCUUUCUUUUUAAAUAAAGUAUUACCUUUAGUGGAAAACCAAAUGAAAGCUAAGGCAUAUGUUGAAAAUAGUAAAAGUGAGACAGAUUCUUCUGAAACACCUAAGCCUUUUUUUUCCCCGAAGAAGCAUAUGGGCUGUUUUACCAUUUGCCCCACGAAAGAGUAUGUUAGAAAAUGGGGCCUAUGGAAGUGAGAGGACCCCAUCAUUUUUAUAUACUGUAUCUUUCCAGUUAUCACACGGACAUUGAUAACUUCCAUUAUACAUAUUACAACUAUUAUGUUUAUGACAAUGUCACCUUGAAUUACGCUAUGUGGGUUUUAAGUACAGCUAUAGAUCUUAUGUUACCUAGCCAGACAGGUAGUGUUUCACCAACAACAUCAAUUAUCCGUGUGAAAAGAGCACUAAGUCUCAGGUAUAAAACUCUUGUUGAUAUCCUGUUUGAAAAAACUUUGCCAUAUGUGAUGUGGGCACGGGGGAAAAUUGCCAUAGCAACGGAUAUGUUUAGAAACUUGGUAGAAAAUGAAACUGAAAAGUAUUAGAUGAAGAGAAGGCUGUGCAAUCAUUCCACUUUUGGACUGGAGUGAAAAGUAUUCCAACUGUGAGAACUGCAACAUUAAUUGCAGGUCUAGAUGCUCUUCUAUGUUACCAUUUGUCACAUUUGCCAGGU